GCAGGCCCCGCCCCCCAGCGCCGCUGGAGCCGCUGGGCGGCGGGAGGGCGCGCGCGCGCGGCGCGGUUUGGCGCCCCACGUGACAUGGAGGAGGCGGGGACGGGAAGGGAAAGGUCAGCGGCGACGCCGGCGGCGGGGGGAGCGGAAGGUCAGGGCGGCGCGGAGCGGAAGUGGGAGCCGGAGCCUCGUCCGCCAUUGUGGGGAAGCGGAGCCCAGAGCAAGGGGGGGAAGCGGCGCUGCGUCCGGCCGGCCGGCUCCUUCCAGUGGGAACCCGAUCGGCGGCGGCAGCGAGCCCAGGCGGCGGCGGCGACAAUCAGGCGGCGGCGGCGGUGGGGAGGAGGAGGCGGAGGCGAGCGAGCGGCCCCGGCGUGCGGAAUCACUCGAGGCCCAGGCGGAGCGAAGCGAGGGGAUCGCGGCUCCCCGUGAAGAAUG